CGGCCAGCUACACUUCCCAGUAUAUAUGAAUUGAAGAGGGGAGGCCCAGAGAGAGAGAGAGAGAGAGAGAGUGAUAUGCCGGAAUAUUGCGUAACCGGGGGAACAGGAUUGAUAGGGGCUUCCAUAGUGAAGUCGCUGCUGGAAAAAGGUCACAUCGUUCGGACAACCGUCCGAGAUCCAGAAAAUGUGGAAAAGGUUGGGUUUCUUUGGCAGCUUCAAGGAGCCAAGGAAAGGCUAAAGAUUUUCCAGGCCGAUGUGAAGGUUGAGGGAAGCUUUGAUGAAUCUAUUCAGGGAGUUGAUGGCGUCUUCCAUGCUGCAGCUCCAGUGCUAGUUCCACAUGAUGAGAAUAUUCAGUUAACUCUGGUAGAUCCAGCUAUAAAGGGCACCCUUAAUGUCUUGAGCUCCUGCAAGAAGUCAAGCAGUGUGAGAAGGGUUGUGUUAACCUCUUCCUGCUCUGCAAUAAGAUAUCGUGCUGAUGCGCAACAAGUUUCCCCCCUUAAUGAAUCACACUGGAGCGAUUUGGAGUAUUGCAAGCAGUACAAUCUUUGGUAUGCAUAUGCAAAGACUCUAGCAGAGAAAGAGGCAUGGAGAGCAGCAUCCGAAAUUGGGAUCGAUCUAGUGGUGGUGAACCCAUCUUAUGUAGUUGGUCCCUUGAUAACUCCACAACCGACCAGUACACUUCUAUUGACAUUAGCUAUGGUUAAAGGUUCGAGAGGAGAAUACCCAAAUCAAGCUCUAGGAUUUGUACACACUGACGAUAUGGUGGCUGCACAUAUCUUGGCAAUGGAGAAAAGGGAAGCAUCAGGCAGAAUUAUAUGCUCUAGCUCAGUAGCUCACUGGUCAGAAAUCAUGGAGAUGCUUCGGGCCAAGUAUCCAUCGUACCCAUUUGAAAGCAAGUGUGGCAACCAGAAAGGAGAUGACACCCCACAUGCUAUGAACUGUAGCAAGAUUCUUGAGCUGGGCCUUCCUCCACCGAAGACGCUCGAUCAAAUGUUUGAUGACUGCAUCAAGAGCUUUCAAGCCAAGGGAUUUCUUUGAGCUCCAUCGUCUCAUCCGCUGGUUCUUUGGUUGUGUUAACGCAAUUUAUGGAAAUGAUUAUUUUUUUCUAAUUUUUGGUGCUAGUCAAAUAUUUGUUCCCCAUAAUUGGUGUUAUGCUAUCACUUAAUUCCCAUACCAGCAGUUCAAACUGGUCAAGACUGCCUUCCCAAGAAGGGAUUUGAAACACUUACAUUUCAGAAUUUGUCGUUU